UCGGUUGCAACAUGUAUUGUGAUAGAAUCUAUCCGUGAUAUCACACAUUAUAUUUGAAAUAACUCUGCCAUGAUCACUUUAAGGAAAUAAUUCUAAAACACACCCAUUACUCCGUGAUUGUAGUAAGCCUAGAUAAGCGAAAGUUAUUUCUUUUAAUUGUCCGUGACUGCAACCAGUAGGUUGUGUACCUCAUAUUAAUAGUGGAAUGAAGAUGUGGACCACAAUGAAUUAUUGUUUCUUCUAUUGGACAUAGCACAGCAAGUACAUAUGGAAAUUUGUGGACAACUUAAAUGUAAAGUAAAAUGGCAAAUUGGGAUGGAUCUUGUUUUAGAGGUGAUGAACACAAUUAUAAUUUGAUUCCAUCUGGAUGCGAAGGAAGUAAUGUGCAAUCUUUUCCUGGAACUUCUGUUGAUUGGACAUGCAAUUCUGUUUCUGAAGAGAUGCCACAAACAUCCAUAGAUGGUCUUCAGCAGUGGAAUACAUCAAUUUUUUCAAAUCAAUAUCAGCAGCCAGUCUUUAGACUGCCAGUUUCAUCAGGUUAUGUAGAUCAAAACUUUCAGGGUACAAACUCAAAUAUAGGGUACAGUGUUGAAUUUAACACCAACUUGAAUCCAAAUGAAGUACAUUUGGAAGAAAUGGCAGCAGGAUCAUCUCUGACACCUACUGCAGGGGAAUUUAUUCCAAGACCAGCUUCAGUACAGUUGAGCUCUGAAUUAGGAAGGGGUGCUGAAGAGUUAGACAUAAAUUGUAGGAAUGCUUCAGAACAAUCCAGACCAGUGGCUUCAAGUACUUACAGUGACUGUGAUCAAGGUAAUCAUGGGUUCAGAAGAGAUGGUGGUGAUUCAAAACAUUUUCAUUCCCAUCGAAACUCAUCAUCUGGAGCUGUUCGUGAUGUUUUCCACAGUAAUCGAAAAGGAAAUGCUCGUGGGAUAUUACAAAAUACUGCUACAAAUUUUAAGUCAUACAGUAUGGAGAAAGCAAAGAAUCAAGAUCGGCAGAGGUUAUUGGCUGAAGCAGCAGCAUUUCUGACUUCAUCUGGUAAUCCUGAUAUAGCACCUGUUUCAGGUGUUGACAGUAAUUUGAGUAUACAAGUGAAGCAACAGAAUAUGAAUGUUGGUUCUGUGUAUCGACCUAAAGGUAAAGGAGAAUUUAAUAGGACAUAUACUUAUCCAAGCAAGCACAAUGGUGAUGUAUCAGAUGUAAAUUUUAGUUACAAUGUUCAGCAGCAGCCAGAAAGCUUCAGUCAGCAAAAGAGGAGAAAUGAUAGCUAUCACAGUCAACACUACCAAAGUAGCUUUCAUAAUCAGAGAAAUGUUACAGUGUCAGAAAUGAGCAUUGGAAGCAAGCUGAACAACCAGUAUCGACUUCCUAACUGUAACACUAUUUCUGGUUAUCGUGGUACAGGAGCUGCACGUCGUGCAUCUCCUAGGAAGGAUGCAGACCAGUAUGGAGAGCGUAGUGGUAAUACAACAGAUGAUGAUGCUAGCCAGAGAGAGCGUCUUACUGAACAGCUGACACGUGGAAUUCUUGAAUGCCUGGUGUGCUGUGAUAGAGUCCGACAGCAUGAUCCUGUGUGGAGUUGUACCAACUGCUACCAUGUGUUGCAUUUGAAAUGUAUUAAAAAGUGGGCAAAGUCUUCAAAGGCAGAAACAGGUUGGCGAUGUCCUGCAUGUCAAAAUGUGACAUCCAAGAUUCCAUAUGAGUACCAUUGCUUCUGUGGGAAAGUGCGUGAUCCAGAAUGGAAUCGAAUGGAUGCGGCACAUACAUGUGGACAAGUGUGUGGGCGUUCUCGGACUGACAGACGCCCAGACUGUGCUCAUCGCUGUACUUUGCUCUGUCAUCCUGGUCCCUGUCCACCUUGUGCAGCCCAGGUCAAUAGGAACUGUGGUUGUGGGAAGAAAUUGCAACUUGUCAAGUGUGGAUCAGACCAACCCCUGCUCUGUGGUGCUGUGUGUGGAAGAGAACUUAAUUGUGGUAUUCAUCACUGUACCAAUAAUUGUCACACAGGAAACUGCCUUGAAUGUCAGAAGAAGGUAAUACAAGAAUGUCAUUGCAGGAAAGUGACUCGUGAAGUUCUGUGUACACAAGAGUCCUCAGCUUCAAAAUACUUCUGCUGUGAUGGACUAUGUGAAAAGAAACUGCUCUGUGGGAAUCAUCUUUGCAGUCUGAAAUGUCACCCUGGACCCUGCCCUGACUGUGAAUUCUCUCCAGACAAGGUGACACACUGUCCGUGUGGAAAGAUGUCUCUAGCAGAUAAACAGAUUCGAUCAAGCUGUCUAGAUUCCAUCCCUACUUGUGAACAGAAGUGUAUGAAAAGACUGCAGUGUGGACAGCCAAGUGAUCCACAUUCAUGUCAGAUGGAUUGUCACAUUGGGCCAUGUCCUGUGUGCCCUCUGACUACAAUGGUUAAAUGUAGGUGUGGCAAUAUGGAUCGUGAAAUAGCAUGCCAGGAUCUCACCGCUAAGGCUGAUGAUGCUAGGUGUGAGAAGAGAUGUACAAAGAAACGGUCAUGUGGAAAGCACAAAUGCAACCAGCUUUGUUGCAUUGAUAAGGAUCAUGUAUGUCCUGUUCCUUGCAACCACCAGUUGAGCUGUGGACAACAUCGCUGUGAGGAGACUUGUCACCGUGGUCACUGCCCACCUUGUUGGAGAACAAGUUUUGAUGAGUUAUAUUGUGAAUGUGGCGCUAGUGUAAUGUACCCACCCAUCCCUUGUGGUACAAGACGCCCUGAAUGCUCAAAGCCUUGUUCACGUACACAUUCAUGUGAACAUCCAACUCUUCAUAAUUGCCACAGCCAGGCUGUUUGUCCACCAUGUACAGUACUCACACAGAAAUACUGCUAUGGUAAACAUGAGGUAUGAUCAGCACCAUGUCAUCAGACUGAGCUUUCAUGUGGACUUCCAUGUAAUGUGAACCUACCUUGUGGUCGUCAUCGUUGCAUCUUGCCUUGCCACAAGGGACAAUGCAUUAAGGAAGGUCAAACUUGCACACAGCCAUGCACUACACCACGAAGUCUCUGCGGUCAUAAUUGUUCAGCCCCUUGUCAUGAUGGAGCUUGUCUAGAUACACCAUGCAAGGAAAUGGUAAAGGUAACAUGUGAGUGUGGGCAUCGUUCAAUGAGUAGAGCAUGUUCAGACAAUGCAAAGGAGUACCAGCGUAUUGCAACCUCACUCCUUGCUUCCAAAAUGGCUGAUAUGCAACUUGGUCAUUCUGUUGACAUUAGGGAUCUCCUGGGAAACCCUUCAGCUAGGAAGUUGAGUCUAAAAACGUUGGACUGUACUGAAGAAUGCCGCUUGAUUGAGCGAAAUCGUCGACUUGCUAUCGGAUUGCAGAUCCGUAAUCCAGACUUGAGUUCUAAACUGACGCCACGUUACUCUGAAUUCAUGCGUCAGUGGGCUAAGAAAGAUCCACAUUUCUGUAACAUGGUCCAUGAUAAACUUACAGAAUUAGUGCAGCUUGCUAAACAGUCAAAGCAGAAGAGCCGUAGCUAUUCAUUUGACUCGAUGAAUAGAGAUAAGAGGCAUUUCAUACAUGAGUACUGUGAACAUUUUGGCUGUGAAUCUGUUGCUUAUGACCAGGAACCAAAGCGCAAUGUUGUAGCUACAGCUGCUAGAGACAAGGCAUGGUUACCAAGUAUGAGUCUUUUGGAAGUGAUCCAAAGGGAAAGUGGGCAAAGGAAAAUUCCUAAACCUGUCAUAAGUUCAACUCAUACACCAUCACAAAGAAUGAUGGAUGUUUUGCCAGUGAAGUGUUCUCAGUCACAGUCAACUUCCAAUGUGGCUAAAUCAUGUAGUUCUAUUGCACCCAUAAAAUACAGUCAGGAGGAAGAUGAAAUUGACUAUUUUGAUUUCUCAUAAAUAUAAUCACAUUAAUCUUGUAUUGAGAGAUGUAAGAAUACUGAUAGAAACUAGAAAUAUGUAUUUUGUGGUGAUGGUGUUAAUUAUUACAAAUUUGAAUGAAAUAUAAAUUCCUCAUAAAAAGUAACACAGUAUAUGAAAUUUUAGAGGCUGGAACCCCUACAGCGUGUUAAAUUGGCACAAAAAUAAUAACUGCUGUGAUGGUGAGAAACUUGUUACAUUGUUUUCAAGAAUACUUUCAGGAUGUGAAUAUUAAAGAACUAGUUACAUCCAAGUUACUGUAAAUUUUGUAAUACCAUCAUCAUAAUUUGAAAUUUUUAUUUAAUAAUUUCUCACAUAAAAUAACAGGAGAAGAAAUAUUAUUCCCUCAUAAAACUAGUUACACUGUGCUUUGUUUGUAAUUAUUAUGUUAACUUUGUGUAUUAGUUGGGGUAGUGUACAUAUUGUUGUUGUUGUGAAUACACAAGUUUUUGUGUAUAAUCAAGAACACUGGGGUUUUUGUUGGUACUUUCUAUAAGCUGUGUUUUAUGUGGUGUAUAAAGUUUGGUUUCUUUGAAAUUCUUUAGCUUAUCUUCAUAUAAAAACAAUACUGUUCUGUUCUUUCUUCAUAUGCUUAUUCUUAAUUAUGAUUGCUUGCUUCACUGGUCCCAUUAUCUUAUAAUUUGCAGGGUGUUGUUUUUAUUAUUGCUGAGGUUAUAGAUUGUUGCUACUGUUGUAAUUAAAAAAUAUGUAGAAUUGGAGGGAGAUGCCUUUGUAAUGUGAAUAGAAGCAAGGAGGCUAGGAGGUUUCAGAAUUCUUGGAACAAUAAUUACCAGUGCUGAUUUGUU